AUGUCUGACAAUCUCGUAGUUGCUCUCGGGCCAGGCGACAAGCUUGCCUCCAUCACCAGCUUCGCACCCGACUAUCUGACAGUUCGCCGCGCUUUCAAUGAACUACUUGUGUUCCCCGCCCUUGAAGCCAUAGGUUCUGGCGACGAUGUCAACCUGUUGACUCUCGUCACUGACGGGACCAGUCGGUUCUCAGACCUGUCCAACAUCGAUGUCGACCUUGCUCGCAAGGUCAUCAGUUACAACUCUAUAAUCGGUCUUAUGCUAGACACUUUCAGUGUCGACUCAAUCGUCAUGACGAUGCAGCCAGUUGCAAAGCAGUACGCAGAUGGUGCCCGAGCUGAUUUAGAGGAUAACAUGAAGUUUUUUAAUCAGCGUGGUCUUGCUAAUAGAAAAACAAUGCAGUUUUCUGAGUAUAUUUCUGCUCUCAAUGAUCGCGUUGCAGGCCUUGAUAAGCGGCUUGGCGAGCUCGAUGCUCUAAUUCAACAGCAGAGUGAGGCUCUUGCCGAGAGAAGUAUCGUUGACACUCUGUGGGACAUAUUAAAGUCUCUGUACAAACUUGCAUCGACCGCUGAAGAGUCCGAUGUACAAAUUGCAUCCAUUCUAGGUGUCGCGGUCACAGCCAUCUACGGCUCAUUCCAGAGCUUGUUCGCAGACACUGCGCGUCUCCAGAAGAUCAUAAGUAGUCUCAAAGGCCUGCGCAGUCGAACCAAUGAACUCAAGAAGAAAUUCGCCGCCCUGAGUACAGGUCUUACCGCUGUCGUUUCUAGCUCGCGGGCUCUUCUGGACGUCUGGUAUGAUGUAGCUGCACGUAUGGACGCUAUCCAGAGCACGACAGACUUUGCCCCUGCGGAACAGGCUCAGGAAAUCAAGGACGCCUGGGCCGGAGUGGCUGCUGUUGCUCAAGAAUAUAUUGAUGUUGUGUCACAGCCCACCACUAGUGCUGCAGAUGCCUAUAGAGCGAUAUCUACCAAAUUCAAUGCGAUUCCAAAAGUCCCGCUCACCGCUGACGAGAUUCGCUUAUACAAGCUGGCUGUUCAGUACGGCAAUGACACUCCUUUUGCCCCUAGAUAUACAAACAUUGAGCCAGUCGCUAGCACAAGCGAUGAAGCGACUGUCGAAAAAGUUAUUGGCCCCCCUGUCGAUACUGAGAAGAAGCUGCAGGAAUUGGCUGAUAGCACUGGUCGUAUUAUCAACCAGUUUAAUACUCUUCUUCAGCAAGCAUUCCUUGACCAGAUCAAGUGUACCAGUCCUAUUGACGGGUCCGAAUCCAAUUUAUUCGUAGUCAUAAACUACUAUCGUGAGAAGUACCUUCAAUUGCAGCUAGACACGUUACCGGUAGCCCGUGAUCUCGGAGCAUACUCUACGCUUCAGCAGACCUUGUUGCCUUAUGUUGUCCCCGACAACCAGGUGAAGCCCGGAGAUAUAGCAAUGAGCAUUUAUCUUGCUACAAAUACGCCUUUGGUUUCGGAAUAUCUGGUAUCAGCGAAUGAACUAUCCAAGCGAUCGACCCAGGUUAAAAAUGACUGGGACAAUGCGAUCAACCUCGUGAAGAGGGUGAUUGCUGAGUGUGAUCAGAAUAUUGAAUCAUUGAACAAUAGCAUCAAUGAUCUUACAGAACAACAGAAGAACGCUACUUUGAAUGCAUUCCUCUAUGCUCUCGGCGCUUUCCUCGCGUUCACCGCUGCCGUUUUCCUUCCCGGAAUCGCCGCUCUCGGUGGGAUGAUGGUAUGGCAAGCUAUCCAGGCUGCCCAGCUUACUGUGGCGAUCAACGACCUUAGAUCUGCCCUUCAUACCACAGAGAGCAUUAGAGACCAGCUAUUCGACAUUCUGCCAAUCAUGGACGGAAUUUCUCUCAGUCUCUCCAGAGUGUCUCUCGUUUGGUCAGACAUCACCACAGCCUUGACCACCUUGGAUGGCUUCUAUCUCGUUUUGAACGGUGCAACAGGCCCCCUGAUUCUAGCAGCACUUAAGCCAGGGGUCAUCAAUAAUUGGAAGCUGGUCUCAGAAGGUGUGGAGAAGUACAUUGAAACGGUCUCCGCGUAGUUGGCACCGUGAAUCUCUCCUCCGUUUGUUGUCUCGAAACAUUAUGCUGAACAUACUUGGCUUCUAUGAGUGUUUACAUGCAAAUGUAAGAAGAGUAGUAACUAAACUUCGUUUUUCAUUG